AUGGCAUUUUCUCGGCAUAUACCCAACGGAAAGACCGCCGCCGUAAGCACUGUGACUAAGAAGUCCGAUGUCACAACUCCGCCGCCUAACUGCUGCGUCACGUGCCUAGCCAGACUCAUCAGGAAACUGAAGAGAAAGGGGAGGUUGUGGCUGUCGGAGACGGCGGCUCGGAGUCGGAGACAAGGGAGCUCGUUGCAAUGUCGGUAUGAUCCAUUGAGCUAUUCACUGAACUUCGACGGUGGCGCGUGUGGUACAAUUCCAGAUGAUGAAGAUUAUUAUUUCCGGUUCUAUGCGUUUUCUUCAAGAUACGUUACUACUAAUUCUAUCAAGAAAAGACCACCUCCUCCUCGUGAAACCAUCUCUGCCUCUACACACGAGUUUGUGUAA